AUGUCCCUCUACUUCGACGCAGAGGCCAUCCUAACCGCGCCGUCGACAGGCGGCUCGUUCAAGUCGCGCAUCUAUAGUGCUCGCAAUUUGCGCGCAUCGCCUGCCCAGAUCUAUGCGCUGAUCACCGAGGCGUCGAAGUGGGAUCGCGUGCUGGCCGAGGUGAUCGAGCGUGCGGACAUCCUGGCCCUUGAGCGCAAGCUCUCUCCGCUGCUUGCUCUGCUCCUCGUCCAUGACUUCCUGCUAUCAAAAAAUGGAAUCGCCGCGCCGGCGGCACACCCGAUUCGCCAGGCUAUCGAGCGCCACAAGACACGGCUGAAGGCGGAGUUUGUGAAGGCGCGUGUUCGUCGUGGAUGCGCGUCUAUCGAAGCAUUGAAGACAUCCGUCUUGCGUGAGAAACGGCAGGCGGAUGGCAAGGAUGGCGACUUCGUCUAUCCGCGCUGGGUGCGGAUUAACAAUAUCUGCACUACGCUGGAGGACCAGCUAAGAACGACGUUCGCUUCUUAUGAACGCGUGCAGACGCUGGCUGCCCUGUCUCCCAAUGAUCCAGAUAGUCGGACGCCGGAGCCGCGUCUCUACAUCGACCCCAACAUCCCGGAUCUGGUGGCCGUGCCGUAUGGCAUUGAUUUUACUAGCUCUGCGGCUUACAAGAAUGGGGAGAUCAUUCUUCAGGACAAAGCGUCCUGCUUUCCCGCCUACUUAUUACUAGGUGAUAUGCGCACAGCAUGGAAGGGCGACCUGGUCGAUGGAUGCGCCGCGCCGGGGAAUAAAACCACUCACAUGGCAUCAUUACUAGCCAAACGCAAACCAAAAACCAAAGCCAAGAACCACAUCUUUUCCAUGGACGCGUCGACGCCUCGCUCCAAAACCCUGCAGAAGAUGGUCGCGUUGGCCAAAGCUGACUCCAUUGUCACCGUGCUCCCAGGCCAGGACUUUUUGGCCCUGGAUCCGGCUGAUUCCCGAUUCGAGCAUGUGUCUGGCCUCCUGCUCGACCCUAGCUGUUCAGGUAGUGGGAUCAUCGGCCGAGAUGAUGUUCCUCAGCUUACGCUUCCCGCCGCGACGGCAUCCAAGACCACCAACACCAAAUCAGCCACCAAAAAGCGGAAACGCCAAGCAGAUGACGAGUCCGAGGACCUUCACUCCAAGGCUACGACUGUUAUAACCACUGCGUCCACGUCGACCACUGAUGAGAACGACAUCCCCGGAGGCGCCAUUGACCACGAGCGACUCACCAAACUGUCCAACCUCCAAGCGCGGAUCGUCGAGCACGCACUGAGCUUCCCCAACGCUACCCAUGUAACGUACAGCACCUGUUCGAUCCACCUGAUCGAAAACGAGGCCGUCGUGUCCCGCGUGCUCGCAUCCGAGGUUGCCCAGCGGCGCGGCUGGCGCCUUUUAAGACGGGAUGAGCAGCCAGAUGGAUUGCGCCGGUGGAGGCUUCGUGGUGUGAGGCAGGAGAAUAACCUCGUCGCUGGUCCGAGUGAUACCCCGACCCCGACAGUUGACCUCUCGGAUGAAGACUUGGAAUCGUGCUUACGCUGCUGGCCGGGCGAUGUGGAGGGGUUGGGGGGUUUCUUUGUGGCUGGGUUUGUCUGUGAUCCUUCUGGAGCGGAGGAACGACCUGCUUUAACCGGCACAGCGAAGGGAUCCGUGGAUGAUAAUGAUGAUGAUCAUGACGACGAUGAAUGGGAGGGAUUUUCAGAUUAG